GCGGUGCCGGCGCUGAGGGCAGAUCCGGCGGAAGGCGGCGGCGGCGGGCCGGUGCGGCGGCGUGGGUCUUCCCGUAGGGAUGGUGCAGGACCCGCGGGGGCGGCUUGUGGCGGAGCUGCUGCUGCGGGCGGGGCCGGCCCACAGCAUCCUCUGCCUCUGCUCCCGCGCCUUCGUCGAAGAUCGAAGAUUAUAUAAACUGGGAUUAAAAGGAUUUUAUGUCAAAGAUGACAAUGACAGUACAGGGGAGGAACAAGCAUCUGAAGAGGAGAACCGUUGUCCCAAUGCUACAUUAAAGGUGAAUAUUAAUCAUGCUCUUGACCUGGAAGAAGUUGAACUAGACUCGGAGGCCGAGCUCAUGAAGAGUAUGGGAUUGCCUCUUCAGUUUGGUGGGCAGUCAGCCCACAGGGAUAUUGUGGCAACAGAAAAUUAUAGAAAGAGGAGUAACAUGAAGAUUAUGAAAAAGAAAAAGAAGAAGAAAAAAGAGUUACAGAAAAAACAUGAGGAUAAAAUGGGACAGGAAUGCCAGGAUCAAGCGUGUGAUGGUCGUAUCCAGUCCAUUCCUGGUGAGCUGGCCCUAGCUACAGAGCAGUGUGAGAAGAGCAGCAAACCUCAGGAUGUAAGUGAAGGGAACUGUGAAAGUUCAGAAAGUCUUGCAAGUAAGGCUUUACCCAGUGAACUUAAAGAAAAAUGGGAGAAGUACUGGAGCGAGUAUGGAGAGGGCCUUCUUUGGCAAAGUUGGCUGGAGAAGCAUCAGGAGGUCUCAUCGUCUGAGACCACCACAGCUUCUGAGCCUUGGAAUAGUCCGGACACCAUGGAGGAGUGGGAGCAGCAUUACAGUGAACUGUACUGGUAUUACUGGGAGCAGUUUCAGUACUGGACAAGUCAAGGAUGGACUAUUGAGAGCUCACACGGUGAUGUCGUGGAAGCUAAUGGGGUUACCCAGGAGACACGUUUUUCAGAAAAAAUGGACUUGGUUAACCAAGGGGCUGAACGCAGUGAAGCGCUGAGCUUGGAGCUGUCUCCCUCUGUCACCAGAAGCGAAGAAACACUCCCUUCAAGCGCUGAACCCCACAGUGAAAUAAUCUCUGGGAUUUGUAAUUUAAAUCUGAAUUUGGAGGAAGUGGAGCAGAGCAGUGCCACUCUAACAGUAGCCCACCAAGGUCCUCAAGAGCGUAGUUCAUCUGACAGUGAAAGCCGGAAGGAGCCCUGUGAUGGAGCAAACAGGAAAAGGAGUGCAUCUUGUGAAAAUAAAAGCGUUAACCAGUCAGGUUCACAGGGGUCAUGUAGCUCGAAUUCAAAUGACAAAGAACAGUUGCUGCUUCGUGACCAAGAUGAAGAUGAGGAUGAAGAGCCCCCUGAAUACAGACAUGCCAAAAUCAAGAGAAGCCAUGAACUGGACGUGGAUGAGAACCCAGUAGAAGAUCCUGAGGAGACCUGCUCUGUUUUGGGUUUCAAGUGUGGCACAGGACAAAAGUAUGGUGGAAUUCCAGAUUUCACCCACCGAAGUGUGCAGUACUUGGAGAAAAAGGCAAAACUCACGUCCCGAUUCUUGGAUAUGCGUAAACCAAGGAAGAGCAAAACCACACACAUCUUCUUUACAGAGGAAUCUGAAACAUCUUGCAAAAAAAGUAAAACUUUGAAAAAGGUGGAGAAGUUCUUAAAGCGGGUUAAUAAGCCUGGGGAGGAAGCCACAUCCCAGACAACCUGCCCUCAGCGUAAAGCGGAAGCAUCAUCCUCGAGCAGCGACUCGGAGGAUCAGGAAGGUGUUACUGCCACACAAACUGUGACACUGAAUGCUGAAAACCAAGAGCCACCAUCCUCCAGCGUGGUCUUCACAGAACCUGGAGGGAGUAACCUUGAAGAGGAAGCACAGGAUGCAGCAGCAAGUGGCUCCAGUGGCCAGGCUGCCAGCAAGCAGGAGCAUGGCUGCGGGCGGCAGCUAGUCCCCUUGGAUAUUCCCGAUUAUCUCCGAGCAGAGACAGAGGAUGUCAGUGAAGCUGUAGAUGAAAAAAUUACCACAAAGAAGAAGGAGAAAAAAAGGAGGAGAAGGAAUAAAAUUGCGCUGGGAGCUAUACCUGCUGAGAUUGCUGCUGAUCCGGAGCUGGCCAAGUACUGGGCACAACGCUACCGGCUGUUCUCGCGGUUUGAUGAGGGAAUUAAACUAGACAGAGAGGGCUGGUUUUCUGUUACUCCUGAGAAAAUAGCUGAGCAUAUUGCCGUCCGCGUUAGCCAGUCAUUCAACUGCGAUAUCAUAGUGGAUGCAUUCUGUGGGGUUGGAGGAAACGCUAUUCAGUUUGCACUGACCUCAAAAAGAGUGAUCGCUAUUGAUAUUGAUCCCGAGAAGCUCAGUCUUGCACGGAACAAUGCUGAGGUCUACGGUGUGGCGGAUCAGAUAGAAUUCGUGUGCGGAGACUUCAUGGUGCUGGCUGCCGACCUGCAAGCAGAUGUUGUGUUCCUCAGCCCACCCUGGGGGGGCCCUGACUAUGCCACUGCCGAAAUCUUCGAUAUCCAAACCAUGAUUUGCCCAGACGGAUUUGAAAUCUUCAGGCUCUCCAAGAAGAUCACGAACAAUAUUGUGUAUUUUCUACCUCGGAACGCCGACAUUGACCAGGUGGCUUCCUUAGCAGGGCCGGGAGGGAAAGUUGAAAUAGAACAAAAUUUUCUCAACAACAAACUGAAGACGAUAACAGCUUAUUUUGGUGAUCUAAUAAGGCAUGACACCUCUUGAACUCAGUGUGGGUUCUUCUAAACCCAGCCUCCCUGACUACUGCUUUGCUUAAGCUUUUGUACAGCUGGCUGGUCAAAAAUGACUUCAAGCCAUUUUCCGCUUUUAAUUUCUGUUUACAGAAAUUUGUUCUGUUUAUUGCUCCUGUCAAUAAAUGUUUUAUAAUAAUUUUCACAAAAUUGUAAACGUAGAGGAGCUGUGAAGAUAGGAAAAGAGACCUUUAUAAAAUGCAGUCUUGCGAGGUUCAAGUCCAAUCAGUUGAAGGGAAGUUCAGGAUUUUUUUUUGCAACUCUCGCAUGUGCUACUUCUGUACUUGCUCCAGUUUGGAGCAUUCACAGGGUCAAAAAGAAUAGCCUGGACGCCGCUGUGUGUCAAGAACUGCUCCCAGUGCUUGAGAAACAAAAGCAUCUGAACAUCAGGUGGAACUGGACGGUCAGCUGCACCACCAGAGGUUAACCCAGUUUCACCUCUCUGGCUCCCUGGGAAACCCUUUCAGCUUGUCUUUGUAGGACAAAGGUCCACAUACUUCUUAUCAGUGAGUGUUCCGGCUUGUUCCAGCACAGGGAGAGAAGCGGGACAUGUUUGUGGCUGGCAGCAGAGCUUUACCCUCUGGCUUUAUUUAUUUAAUUUUUUUUUUUCCUCCUUGCCAGCCCUCUUCAUUACAAAGAUAUUUUGAAGGAACCUUCGGACAGGAGGCUUGUCUCAGUAACCAGAGGGGCAUGUGUGUCCCCCUCUUUUUGAGGCCUUUUGGAUCCUGGCCCCGGGCUUCAGGGAGGGCAGAGGCAGCCUGGAUCUCUCUGGUGAGGGCUCUGUGCUCCCACUUGGGCUUUGGGGGGCAAGAGUGGCUUUUGGGCACGUCUCCAAGCAGGAGAGGAGGCAGGUGAGAUGCGUCUAGGGCAUGGAUAUGGAGCUCUCACUGACAUGCACUUACAGUAAGUACCCAAGACCAAUUUUGAACAUGUUUUUGAGGUAAGAGUGUAGGUGUAUAGUUCCUAAGAUAAUAAAUUAGUGCUGCUUCUCCUUUGCUUGGAGUGCAGCAGGAUGCUGAAUGCGGCAGAGACUAAGCACUAAACCAUGCAUUAGUGCUGAAAAACAAAACUCUCUAGAAUAACUGUGUAGAAUAACCAAAUAAGAGGAUUUUUUUUUUUUUCCCCUGUAAGGAAUGAAUUCCAGCUCUUCAAAUCGGUUGGACUGAAGCGUUUGUGUGUGUACGGGAUGUUAAAAAACACAUGUACAACCUGUCUCAGUGCAAGUUUGCGCAGUAAAAUAGCACUUGGGACAUCGUUGGGUUUUUUUCUAACUUUACUGUCCAUCCAGUACCAGACAAGUGCUAAACUGUUAAUGACCCUUACAUCCAUGCUUCAUGUAAGGUAUUUUAGAUAAUUUGACUGAUUUGUAUCACUGCAUUUUGCCGCUGUACUGUGGCAAGGAAGAAGUGCUGUAAUCAUGCCAGACUCUGUCAGUAUUUAAAGGGAAUAGUAAAGGAAAGAAAUAAUCUGCGCUUCAGUAUUCCUUAGAAGUUUGCUACUUGGAGGCAGGGGAGGUUGGCAAGGGUGCUAGUAUUACAGGAGGUCCAAACCUGCUGCAGCAGUGGCGCAUGAAUCUAAUGAUGCUGUUAAAUAUUCACUACAAGCUACAAAAAGAAAAAAAUCCAAGAAAGAGUCAUAAGGACAAAUGAGGAAUAAAUUACUUUAUACUGUGUAUGUCACAGUACUCUGUACACUAAAAUUUGACUAUAUUGGGCUCAUUACUGCUUACAGGAACACUGUGUCGUCCUCUUUGGUCCUCUCUUCCUCCCUAAAGUUAAGAGGACUAGCUGUAGAAGCAUUUUGAGAUCUUGCUGAUGUGGCUUCUGUGAAAGGAACUUCUAUGGGGGAAAUAACAGUGAAUUCACUUCUAUCUUCAGGAGAAUAGUCAGGUUUUGUUCAGUGCCAAAUAUGUAAAAUGUGGAAGCUGAAAUAUGACAUAAAAGGUCCAACA